AUGAAAUUUGGAGUCCAUUUUUUAAGUUUAAAACUUUCAAUUUUAGGGAAAGGCAACGACGUUGUAGACGCUGGUAUUGUCGGAAUUUUGGACUCGGUCACAGCUGCACUGAUUAACGAUCCAAAGAAACGAUUUUCUUAUGCGGAAACAAGCUUUUUUGAGAAGUGGUGGCAGAUCAAAAACGAAACGAUUCGUCAACAAGUAAAAACACUCGUGAAUGAAGGACGGCUGGAAUUCGUUGGUGGAGGAUGGGUUCAAAACGACGAAGCUGCCACUGACUAUGUGGCAAUAAUUGACCAGAUGACCGUAGGCCACCAAUUUUUGAGGGAAACAUUCGGAAGAUGCGCGGUACCUAAGGUAGCAUGGCAGAUCGACACGUUUGGUCACAGCCGCGAAAACUGUGCAUUGAUGUCACAGGUGUGCAUUUGCAAAACAUUUCAUUUAAGCAUCGAAUCGAAUGAAAUUUAUUGCGGAAAAGCAAAAGCAAUAGGUGGAUGCUUUACGCUGGUAUAA